AUGCCAUUUCCACGCCGGAUUUCGGCAAGGAAUCCAAAGACCACGCUUCUACAUAUUGUCCAUCGUGGUGGGUAUGUUGAGCUCCAUGACAGACCAGUGACUGCAGCUGAGAUUAUGUGCCGCUAUCCAAGAUGUUGUGUAACAUAUCCAAAUGUGUUCCAGCAACCAUGGGCAGUUGUUGAACCAGAUGCAAAGCUUGUGCUUGGACAAAAGUACUAUGUAGUACCAUUGAGCACAAUAAGAAAACUUCAAGGGCUAUCUCCAAGGAGCUCUCCUUCUCCUGCUCAUGAAAUUGCAACCAGUUCUUCAGUUUAUGAGAUUAGAAACACACAAUCCAGCAAAGAGGAAAAAGAUGAUGGUAUGCUUUCCACUUGUUGUGUCUUCAUGAAUAAAAGCACUGCAAAGAAAACAAAUAACUACAAACAUUCCAAAAAUAAGAACCAUGUUAGGAAUUUGAGUACAAAUGUUNAAGCAGAUAGUGAUGCUGAUAGAGAAUUUGAGAAUGAAGUGAGUUGGUUGAGCAAGAUGCGCCAUCAGAAUAUCAUAAAACUUAUGGGUUAUUGUGUUCAUGGUCAAUCGAGGUUUCUUGUUUAUGAAUUGGUGGAGAACGGGUCUCUGGAAACUCAAUUGCAUGGGCCUAAUCGAGGGUCAUCUUUAACCUGGUAUCUAAGGUUAAGAAUUGCUGUUGAUGUUGCCAGAGCAUUAGAAUAUCUCCAUGAACACUCCAAUCCUCCUGUGGUUCAUCGAGACUUACAAUCUUCUAAUGUUCUUCUGGACUCUAACUUUAAUGCGAAGUUAUCAGAUUUUGGAUUUGCUAUGGUUUCUGGAAUGCAACACAAGAACAUGAAGAUGUCAGGAACUUUAGGAUACGUGGCCCCUGAGUACAUAUCACAUGGUAAACUAACUGACAAGAGCGAUGUCUAUGCUUUUGGGGUUGUCCUUCUAGAACUCCUAACCGGAAGAAAGCCCAUGGAGAACAUGACCUCAAACCAAUAUCAAUCCCUUGUAUCAUGGGCCAUGCCUCAGCUAACUGACAGAUCGAAGCUUCCAAGUAUUCUUGAUCCUGUUAUCAGAGACACAAUGGAUUUGAAGCACUUGUAUCAGGUUGCUGCAGUUGCUGUACUCUGCGUGCAAGCAGAACCAAGUUAUAGGCCACUCAUAACAGACGUGCUGCACUCUCUCAUCCCUUUGGUACCCGUUGAGCUUGGAGGGUCAUUAAGAGUUACAGAACCCAUCAGCUCAGAGAACUCUCAUUGAUAUUAUAUAAUCGUUUUUUCAUUUUUCAACUAUGGUACCUGUUCACUUCUUAAACUUUAUAAUUAUAAUCAUUGUUAUUAAUAUUACAAAGAGACAAAGAGGAAUAUCCAAGUGUAAUUAUUUAUGAUUGCAAUUUGAUUCUUCUUUCACUCGUACUAUAUGAAACUCGAAUGUCUAUUAAACUGUGUUCUUAUAUGACACAUAUUGGACACUUACACGCGUAUGACAUAUCACAAUGAUAUUACCAUCUUUACAAGUUCUGAAAACAUUCUAAAAGAUUAAUUUGGUAGCUGUAUAACCGAAAGACGCAUUUGGACUUACAAAUCAUUAAUC